UCAUGUGGGUGAACCCGUGGCAAGUGGCAGCAUAAAAUCCAUUUGAGUUUGAGGAAUUUAAUUAAAUUAAUAAUAAAGUAAUCAACUUUGCACUUCAAUCGCUCUCCAAAUUCGCGGGAACACCAUGGCAGCCGCCGCUCAGGGCUGCUCUCUUCUCUGCUCCUGCCGCAGCAGACCAUGCACAACCAGAACAACCCUAUCCCCUUUCGCUCCCUAUCCCUUUCUCUCUCCUCUCACCCCCAUUCGCGCAAGCUCCAAACAAUUGAAGCUUUCGAAUUCCAGGACUGGUAGGGUUGUUUCUGCUGUGGUUUCAGAGGAAAACGCAAUUCAAUCAAGUUUCUCUGGCACCGAUGGGUUCAAGCUCACUUAUUUGGAGGGGAAUAGUUGGUUGUGGGAUGUGGGUGGGGUGAAAAUACUGGUGGAUCCAAUCUUGGUGGGUAACUUGGAUUUUGGAAUCCCCUGGCUUUAUGAUGCUGCCAAGAAGUUUUUGAAGAAUUUCCAGUUAAGUGAUAUUCCAGAAGUUGAUUGCUUGCUUAUUACACAAAGUCUUGAUGAUCACUGCCAUUUGAAGACAUUAAAGCCGCUCUCCAAAAAGUACCCGAAUCUUAGAGUAAUAGCUACACCAAAUGCUAAGGCCUUGUUGGAUUCCCUUUUCAGCAAUGUCACAUAUCUAGAGCCUGGCCAGAGCUCCAUUAUUGAAGCAGGAAAUGGUUCUACAGUCAAAGUUCAGGCCACAGCAGGGCCAGUUCUAGGUCCUCCUUGGCAGCGCCCUGAAAAUGGAUAUCUUGUCAUUUAUCCAGAAGGGAAAUCUACACUUUACUAUGAACCCCAUUGUGUAUACAAUACAAGUUCACUUGAGAAGGAAAGAGCUGACAUUAUUAUCACACCGGUCAUAAAGCAGCUUCUGCCUAAAUUUACCUUGGUCUCUGGACAAGAAGAUGCAGUUCGACUUACAAAGCUGCUGAAUGCCAAGUUCAUUGUCCCGAUGACAAAUGGGGACUUGGAUGCCAAAGGGCUUCUCGCUAGUUUAGUUUCGGCUGAAGGAACAAUCGAAUCAUUCAAGGAUCUUUUGUCCAAGGAAUUACCAGAUGCACAGGUACUUCAGCCUACUCCUGGUGUACCGCUAGAAAUCCCGCUACCUCCAAAUCUUCCGUAAUAUGUUUUCUGCGGAUAUACAGACACUGUAGCUCACCGAAAAUAUGUACACAUCUCAUCAAACUCGUAAUUUGUAAAUGUCAGUUUAUUUUAUUGAUACCAUCGGUUCCCUCUGA